AUGAAUCUAGGAAAAAACCCACGAAAUAAAAAUAUUAGGAUAGUGAAUGUAUUAAGGAGUGGUAAGAUCUUACUUGAUCCUUAUUCCCAAACAUUGGAAGAAAAAAAAAAUGUGGACAACCCAAAACAAAAUCAAAUAGGAGUAGAAGAGGAUUUUAUAGAUUCUACCAAAGAAAUUUUGAAAGAGAGGACAACCAUUCCAUUUCCUAAAGCUCUAGAGCCUAGACAAAGAAAGAAAAAGGAACACAAUGAAGAAAUAAAGAAAAUUUUACAAGUUGUGCAAAUUAGUCUUCCUUUACUUACUGCCAUUGAACAUAUUCUUAAAUAUGCUAGAGUUUUGAAAGAAAUGUGUACACCAAAAAGGGCACAUAGAGUAGAAAAAUUAUCUAUGCAUGCUAGUGCAUUAUUAUUAAAUCAAUUACCAUUUAAAUUGAGAGAUAUAGGUUCCCCUUUAAUUUCGUGUGAUAUUGGUGGAUUCAUUUUUCAGAAUGCAUUACUUGACACCGGUGCUAGUAUUAAUUUAUUACCUACAAGUAUUUGUGAUAAAUUUAAUAUUUCUGAUCUUAAACCUUCUACUAUUACCUUAAAAUUUGCUGAUAGAUCCAUAAAACAUCCUAAAGGUAUUUUAGAAAAUAUGAUAUUGACAGUUAAAGGGUGUAAAUUUUCAGCUGAUUUUGUAGUGCUGGAAAUGGAUUUUAAUGGACAGUUUUAUGAUACACCAAUCAUCCUAGGGAGACCAUUUUUGCAUACAACAAAGAUGAAUAUUGAUUUUUCCACAGGUAUUGUGAAAAUUUCAUGUGGAGAUCAAUUAGUAAAAAUUAAAAUUUUGAGGUAUCAAAUGAUCUUAAGAAAUCCCAAGUAUAUGAUUGUCAUACCAUAGAUCUUCUAGAUGAUUUUGAUGAUCCAGAUGUUAUUGAUGACUGUGUGCUAGAAGAAUUAGAAGAAAUAGAGAAUAUAAAUUUAGAAGAAAAGAAAGAGGAAGAUCAUUUGAAUUUAGAGUUGAAACCUCUUCCCUCUAGUUUAAAAUAUAUGUUUUUGGAGGAAAAUAAUUCAUUUCCUGUUAUUAUUGCAGCUGAUUUGAGUGAUGAACAAGAAGAAGAAUUAUUAGAUGUACUUCGAAAAAAUAAGAAGGUUAUGGGCUGGAAAAUGGAUGAUCUAAGGGGCAUUGAUAUGAGUGUAUGUAUGCAUAGUAUAUAUUUAGAGGAGGGGGCUAGAACUAGCAAGGAACCACAAUGA